UGAAAUAGAGGUUUCAGUGAUCAGGCAACUUCCUAAGAGCACGCCGCGUGUUUUUAGUUUAUUUUGUUUAGUUUUUUAAUUAAAUUGUAUUAAACCACAUCUAAUCUGUUUAAAAUGAAGCGUUUGGCUCCGAAAAGGGAUGAAAACAUGGACCAGCUCGUUAGCAAAAGGCAACUACAAUUCAUGGGCAAUGCCCUGCUCAAUGCCGAGAAUGUGAACCCCAAGAUGCUCAAUAAUUUUGUUGAAUUACUGGAUUCAUCCGAUUCCCGAGUGCCAGCUGGCGAAGUGAUGAAUACGCUUGAGGUGAUAUUCAAGAACUUGCUAAAACGACAGACCGCAGAGGCCAACGAAAAACAGAGCCAACAAAUCAUACAAUUAUACGAGAAAACUUGGUCGUCGCUCAUAGGGAAUCUUCUAGAGGAUUCCCAGUGUGCAGUGGCUUUAAAAGUGUGCAUGCAAUUGAUUAAAGUGGAAGCCAAACAUCCAAUUGGACCCAAGAAAGGUUGGCCCACCCAUAGAAUACAGCAAAUACUUGAAACAUUCUUGAAUGCCGAUGAGACGCCAACGAAUUCAUUAACAAACUAUGGAAAAUAUUGCAAAAAUCUAGAUGUUUUGGAGAUUACACUUAAGAAGCUAUCAGAUUUAGUGCCCAAGGAGAACUUUAAGGACAUACCCAUUAAGGCGAUGACAUUUCUGUCCAUUGUGAACCUUUUGGAUAUGGGAAAAUCGGUGUUAAACACUGCAGACUACCAUGUGGAAAGUGCAAAAAAUCAAAAAUUCAACCUCGAGCAAAAUGGUAAGAGACUGAGCAAUCUCUGGCUGAUUAUAAUGUCUAAGGGUAGCGAAGUGGAUGAGAAGCUGCAUCGCCAGAUACUUAUGGUUCUUCUGGAGCGCGUAAUCAAUCACCUAGAAGAUCCCAUCCAGCUGACUGACUUUCUUAUGGAUUCACUGCAUCAGUUUGAUGGACCCAUUGCUCUGUUGGCUCUCCAGGGAAUCUUCACGCUAAUGCAAAAGCAGAACAUCACCUAUCCAGAUGUUUACGAGAAGCUGUAUAAUAUGUUCUAUCCCCGGAUGUUCUUCAAUAAGUACAAGGCGCGCCUUUUUUAUCUGGCCGAUAUCUUCCUGACUUCCACCCAUUUGCCAGAGAACCUGGUGGCAGCGUUUGUGAAGCGUCUCGCUCGUUUGGCCCUUCAAUCUCCCACCGAAGAUGCUGUGAUUAUGAUUCGUUUCGUUUGUAAUCUGUUAUUAAGACACACGGGUCUGCAAAAAUUGAUUCGCGGCAGUAACGCGGCCGAUGAAAUCAGUGAUCCUUACAACGAAACGGAAACGGAUCCUGUGAAAUCAGAUGCCAUUAACAGUUCGCUUUGGGAGAUAACACUGUUGCAGAAACACGUUGUACCAGAGGUGGCAAAUGCUGCUCGGUUUAUAAACUCAUCGUUGCCCAUCAUGGAGUUCGAUUUGGCACCUCUUUUGGACAGAAAAGAGUGCAAUAUUUUCGACGAUGAAUUGCAGUCGAAGGCCAAGCAGUUUGCCCUGAACUACGAACGUCCCGCCAAUUUGGCUCUGCCCAAAAACGACUACGUGACCAAGUACUGGGAACUCAUCUAGAUAAGUGUUAUUAUGCUAAGUUUAAGCAGGAUUAAAGUGCUGCCUGUUAUGAGGCAGCUGAUGGGCCAA